AUGGGUCAAUUGAGCCCCACCUUCGUCGAGACUUCGGCCAACGGAGAAAUACGAAAGCCUAGCGCAGCAUGUCAUCAACUUCCCCAGACAUCAACCAUCGACAACUUGUAUCACACGAAGCGCAAGGCCGAGGAGGACCCCUCGUCGCCCGUCGCGACUAAGAGGGUGAAGCACAACGAGUCGGCAGAGCCAGAGAAGAAACCGGCAAUGAAGCCUAUCCCGUUUCCCGAAAAGCCUGCCGUAAUCGAAGAGCGCACCGGCGAGAUCGAGUUCCGCGUAGUGAACAACGAUAACGAGCGCGAAUCCCUCAUCAUCCUCACCGGCCUGAAAUGCAUCUUUCAAAAACAACUUCCUAAAAUGCCAAAGGACUAUAUCGCCCGUCUCGUCUACGACCGCACCCACUUGUCGAUAGCGAUCGUCAAGAAGCCCCUCGAGGUCGUCGGCGGCAUCACCUACCGUCCCUUCAAGGGCCGCCAGUUCGCCGAAAUCGUCUUCUGCGCCAUCAGCUCCGACCAACAAGUCAAGGGCUACGGCGCCCAUCUAAUGUCUCACCUGAAGGACUACGUCAAGGCCACGAGCGACGUGAUGCACUUCCUCACCUACGCCGACAACUACGCCAUCGGAUAUUUUAAGAAGCAGGGUUUCACAAAGGAGAUCACGCUCGAUAAGAGCGUAUGGAUGGGAUACAUCAAGGAUUACGAGGGAGGCACCAUCAUGCAGUGCUCCAUGCUCCCGCGGAUCAGAUACCUCGAGAUGGGCCGCAUGCUACUGAAGCAAAAGGAGUGCGUACAGGCCAAGAUCCGCGCCUACUCCAAGUCCCACAUCGUACACGCGCCCCCCAAGGAGUGGAAGAGCGGCGCAAAACCUAUCGAUCCCUUGACCAUAGACGCGAUCCGCGCCUCGGGAUGGUCCCCGGACAUGGACGAGCUCGCGCGCCAGCCCCGCCACGGCCCCAACUACAACCAGCUCCUCCACCUGCUCAACGACCUGCAGAACCACCAGUCGGCCUGGCCCUUCCUCGUGCCCGUCAACAAAGACGACGUCGCCGACUACUACGAGGUCAUCAAGGAGCCCAUGGACCUCAGCACCAUGGAGACCAAGCUCGAGGCCGACCAAUACGCGACGCCCGAGGACUUCAUCCGCGAUGCCAAGCUCAUCUUCGACAACUGCCGCAAGUACAAUAACGAGUCUACGCCAUACGCAAAGAGCGCCAAUAAGCUGGAGAAAUACAUGUGGCAGCAGAUUAAGGCUAUCCCCGAGUGGUCCCACCUUGACCCUUAG